GAUUGAAGUUGUGAUAGUAAACAACACAAGCAGGCACCCUGUCCUUGUUGAUGUCAGGUAAAGGCCUCAUGUCCUACAUACAUACUGGAUUUAUUCCUGCUGGUCUGCUGAGCUGACAAAAACAACCACCUUCCCUCAGGUGGAGGUGUCUGCCGACCGCCUGUAGGGGCUGCACCUCAGCCAUCUCAGGUGGCCUGGAAACCCCCAUCUGCCCCUGCAACAUACACUGAAGGCAACAGUUUUAUUUUUGGAGUGGCCACGGGCACUGUGGCUCACUCCCUAAGGCGUCAGUUCACUUCAGGAUGAGUCGGCCAUGUGGCACCCUGAGCCGGGAUUAACAAGCAGAGAGCAGUUUGUCCCGACAGCCGCUCGCCGAAGGUAAACCAGUCAAACUCAGUGUCUGUUGAUUGACAAGCUGGGGGUACUGCAGUGCGGUCCUGACCCAUCGACCAGGUGCUAACCUGCAAAUGCCUGUCCAGCAAAACACAAGCAACACCUAUUUCCACAUCAGGAGUGUGAAAUGCUGAUGGAAGUAGGCUACAGUAACGGGCUGGAUCCUGACCUUUCCCAGCAGUAUCCUCCACCCUUACUGCCAAAACCAGGCAAAGACAACGCAAGGCUUCAGAAACUCAAGAAGAAGCGAGCCAAGAAAAAAGGCAGCCUCUCUCAGACACCCGUCCCCUUUCGCUCCUGUUUGUCACCUGUCAAUGAAGCCAGCACAGACCUUGAGCACAGUGACCAGUCCAGCCCACCAAGGACACCAGAUUCAGUCUACAUUGCAGACUCUUCACUGUCUGGUUUCCCCUUUGGCUCCCUCUAUGAUAACUCUGCAUCUGCAUUCCCUCAUCCUCGGAGCAGCCCCUAUAGCCAAACUGCCAGCAUCUCCCCUCAGUCCUACAUAGCUCAGAUCAGUGAAGAGCAGGUGGCUCCGUUGUAUGAGUGCUCCUCUUUUUUAUUCGAUGACGUUACUCCCUUCAUGAUGGCACCUUCAGGUUCAACACCCUCAUCACUACCUGAGCAGGUUCCAGCACCACCUCUUCCUCCUGCUUUCAAUUUAAACAUGACACCAAAUUCCCAUGGGUCAGUCACAACAGUCCCUGCAGUCGCUGUGUCACAGUCCAGCACUAAAAUAUCAACUCACAGCUUGACCCUAUCCCCAGCCGCCCCCAACUGUGCCCCAGGCCAGGCACUUUCUCAAGUUGCAUACCUACCUCCUGUUCCACUGCUGCUAUCAGUUUCAGACACUCAGACACAACCUUUUAUUUCCAGCCAGAGGGAGACAAACGCCAGUUUAAAGGACAACCCUCAGAGCCAGGCAUCAUCUUGGACUGCCCGACCUACCAGUAAUGGCAACUUUGUUCCAAGCCAGAUGUCCCCUGAGAUAACCGCCUCAAAAAUAUCACUUGUUGAAGCUGUGAAAGAGACAAGGCCUGACACUGCACAAACCAGGAUUUAUACAUCGAAGGCAACUUUUUAUGAGAUCUCUAAACCUCCCUCCAUGCAGGACCUCACAGUAAAUAACCCAGCCAAUCAUGGAGCAUCGGUAUCGGCCGUAUACAGGGAGAAAGCAGCUGUGUCAGUGGUGAAAACAGAUCAGAAACUGUCUGUGUCCAAGUCCCAAUGUGGAAGACCUAAAACUCCCUCUUGCACACCAGCUCGAGUAUCCACACCCUUUUUUGAAAUAUCCAAACCCAACCCACUUUUAUUUGCUGCAAGUCCUGCUUUCAAUUCCCCCCAAGGUUUACAAACUCCUGCAAUUCCCAACGAGGCUCCAAGACACAAAUCAGCGAUAAGUAAACCUGCAGCUCCCACAGAAGAACUGAAGCUGACUGAUGUUAAUCACAUUACUUCAAUCAAACAAGCCAGCAAUUACAAAGAGAUAGAGAUUCAAAAUGCACAAAGGAGUACAAUAAAUACUGAGCUGUACCCCAGUGAGAAGUUGGCAUCAAGUAUGACUGCACCUGAUUCUGCUCUGGUUAAACCAACAGUAAUAGAACCAGUCAUCCCAAAACUACAAACAGACCAAGUUUCUGAAAGUGAAGUUUCAUCUUUGCCAAAGGUUCCAUCAUUUUUCUCUACUGUACCAAAUACUUCAAAUCUCAACCCUCUGUCAGUGAUGUCCAUGCAAGCCCCAACAAGUCCAAGUCCCCUGCUGUCCAUCUAUCAUCCUCCUGUGGUCGAGGCACGCAAGUCUUUGACGUCACUAUUGGAGAGUCAAAUGUCAUUAGCAACCUCAAAGCCCAAAUCACGAUCAAUGUAUUAUGGGCUUACUCCAGCUGAGUAUGUUGCCUAUGGUGGGAUUAGGACUAUUACAUCACAUCACAGUCCUGUACCCCCUGGGGUUAAGGAAACCUCUUCAAACAAAACACAGUCAGAUGUAGCUGUAGAAGAAUUACACAUCUCAAAGUCUGAUGCAACAAAACAACCUAACGGACAGCAAGAUCUUCCCUCGUCCAUGGAGGUUUCUUCUGCUCACAGUUUGCAACCUCUGUCAACUCCAAGGGGUUCUGAACAGAUUGUCACACAUAGCAAAGAUCUGUUUGAGGAAAGUCAGUCUGAAGCUCACAGUACUGGAAUACAAUCACUUAAAACAUCUAGCAUGGACACAAUAGAACCUGAGCUUCCCCUUGGCUUGGCACAGAAAACAAUGCAACAAUCUACAAGUGAUGUAUCCACACCAAAAGCCUCAUACUCUGAGGCUCCAAUACCAAUACCUAAAGCAGGUGAGGUACACACACAAAGUGCAGAACUAUUUUCUAUAGGGGCAGCUUUAAAUACAACUCCAUACCUGACUGAUAGCAGUGGCCUGUUGAGUUCUUCCUCACCUUUAGUGAAAGUUGAUUCAAAUGCAGAAACACAGCAUAGUGUAAAAGGUUUAGAUAUCAUAGAGAAAGGUGACAAUGAGAAAAAGCCUAUAAAAGGAGAAUCCGAAGUUGUAAAUGCAAAACAACAGUCAGGACAAACAGAGUUGGUACCGGUUCAGUCUUACCAAACUGCUGGUGGAGUCAGUCUGUCAACAGCCAAUGGUGUCAAUGUUCAGCUCACUGCCAAGCCUGUCAAACACCUUGCUGAUUGUAAAAACCUGGUUAUUCAGUCUCCUGUCACAGAGUUAGAGCCCAAAUUAUCAGGGGGUGCCAUCAUAAACAGUGCAUUCAUCUUAGGAAAACAACAAGCCACCAAACUGAUUUCAGAAACACCACUGCCUGGAAUAGUGGCUACUGAAGCUGUUUUACACAAACAGAGGGAAGAGGUUAAUCAGCAUAUCAAAGCAAGCAGCGGACUUACUCUACCCAAUAAAAUAAACAUGGGGAACACCUUCCCGUCUGUGGCUGCUAAUAUAGAAGGGAUCUUUGACAAAAUAAAAACUGAACCCGAAGUCUCAAAUAUAUUCUCUAAAGAAUCAAUUAUUGCUACCACAGGAUCCAUUUUGCCACACGAGCCUGUCACAGCAUCUGUAUGUUCUGCAAAGUACAAUAUCUGCACAGUAUCUGCAGCCAUCCAAAGCACAAAAAUCACACAACAGCCCAGCAUAGAAAUUCAAAAUCACAUAAAUAGUAAAAUAUUAGAAAAUAAGAUCCAUUUGUCUGGAGAUGGUCUCUCUUUAAAAUAUUCUCAAGCACCAAGUAUACCAAACACACCCACUUUUAAUACUAACUGGGGAAAACCUACCACAGGAACCAGACAACCAGACCUAUCUGUCACUGCACCCAAAUCACCCAACCUUUCAGAUAUUAAAUUCCCUUUAGAUAUGACCUCCAAUGUGCCCACAGAAGAGCCCCCAAAGUUAACCAGAACUACUGAAAACAUACCUCUGAUGACACAGUAUAGCAUUGGGUCCAGUGCCCAAGAUAAAGUUGUUCAAGGAGCAAGUUUCUAUACAAAUUCAAGCAGAGCUAUGCUAGAGGCCACACAAGCAACUGAAACUAGUCUCAACAUCCUUGCGAAAAACACAAUAUUGUCAAGCCUAGUUAAUGUAGAGCCCAAACUCCCCAGUUACCCUUCCCAAGUACUCACAGAAUUGCAUCCACAACCCACCAAUGGAAGAGUAGCUUUAUUGACUGGAAAAACACCAACAGAGCAUAUUUCCACUAUACCUAUUAGAGCAGAAAACAUUCAAACAAAAUGUGUUAUUGAAACGAGACCAGAUUAUUAUCUUUUACAAGGAAACAAAGUACCUAACACUGAAACCAAACUGUCCAACAAACCGUCUGCAGGAUUGCUAACUGUCAGCAAGUCUUCGACAGACGUGGUCUCACCUGGACAACCAGGAGGUGUAGUGGCUAUUCAACACAGCAGACCUGUUGAAACUGCACAGUCAAACAGAUCCAAUUUGGGCAGCAAUGUCAGUAUUGCUGCGGUUGACACCAAAGUUCCCCACAAGCUUCAUAAUGAAGUUCUUUUGCCUGUGAUAACAGACCCAGCAUCCCAAACAUCUUUCAAUACUGUGCAGGUUAGUAAAGCUACAAUGCCAUCUAGCCCUACUAUAAGGCACGUCACACCAAAAAGCCCUAAGCUGAGAUCAGACAGACCUGCAACAAUGCCAACCAUCGAUGCAAAACCUGUUUCUGGGUCUGUUGCUCAAACAAAAGUCUACGCAAAUUCAAAAGCACCAAUUGCCAACCUUCUUGCUGAGCAAUCUGCACCACAUAUUACUAAUAAAACCACCACCAUAACAGAGCUAUCCCCUUUCAUUCAGCCAAUUAUAGUCAAUAAAUCUGUACCUAUUCCCCCUACAAGAACAAAAAAUUCAGUAAGUAAGCCUGAGACAACAACUUCCUCUUCUUCUGGUUAUGCCAUGGCUAACAUAUAUAGUGUUAGUGUAGAUCAGCAAACCAUUGCAAAGCCAAAUCAAAUCGUAUCCGAUAAUGCUCAUCCCUUUGUGAAUUCAAUGAACUAUCAGACUGGAAUGAAACAGAUUAAGCAAUCUGUCAUUGAGACAAAGAAAUCUAUAGAAACUAACAUUCACACUGUAAAAACGGCCUCACACACGGAUUUAAAUAACCCCAGUGCUAUAAAUAUUCAGCCCCUUGCUGAAACAACCAGAACUAAAGCCCCACUUAGCCCUGCUACAGUAACUAAACCUUGGACUGCAACAAGAGCCUCCCCUGUACCAGAGCAAAGAGUGGGUAAUACACCUAUUCGAACCUAUACUCCAACCUUACCCCAGUUCCCUCAAACUUCUGUGUCUUUAAACCAUGCUACCGAAACAAAACCCCCAUCAGUCAUUAUUAGAGACCACACAAAAUCUCCCAUUAUGCCUCUUAGAAAUAAUACACCUACUAGCACUGUUCAGCCCUCUGCUAAGUCAAUCAAAGAGAAUAUCUCUAAAGCAGAAAUAAAAUCACCCACAACUAAGGACACUUCGGUUCUGGCUAAGAGUGCUGAGGUAAAAGUACAUUCCGAAAAGCACAAGAUAAAAACUAACCUAGCAACAAAUUCCAGUAAGGAAGGAAAACUCUCCUCACUGAACACUGAAACUAGCACUCCCAUGUAUUCUGCUGAUCCCGUUUUAACCAGCCAACCUACUCUAAAAGCACAACCUCUCACUAAACAGGUAGUUCCAAGACCUUCCUCUGCCACUGUAGAAAGAAAACCUCCCUCCAAUCCGGUCCAGAUUAGCUCACACAUCAGUAACGUUAAGCCUUCGACAGAGCUACCAGUAGAGAACAUUUCCCCCGCAAAGCCCGCAACAGAUACUGUCAUUAAACCGUCCAUAGUUAAAGCCGCUGUGAUUGACUCUGCCACUCCUGCCUCUCUGCCUCAGGCCUCAGUCUCAGUCAAAGCUCCAUCCCCAAACAGAGGAACGUCACCGCCAUCUCAGCAAAAAACUGGAUUCAAAGACAGGACCAAAAGUACAGCUGCACCGAAGGAAGCCCAAGCAGUCGAACCCUCCACGAAGUCAACGACAUCAACUGCAUCUUCAACUGACAAGAAAGCCAUUAAAACAGAGACAUCCCCUUCAUCCACUGAGCCCAAAGCAGCCCUGAAGCUAAAAGGCCUAAAGGGUAAGCUCAGUGGAUGGACAAGGCUCAAGAAACACAUGGUUGUUGAGCCAGAGGAACCUGAGUUUCCACAGCUGGAGCCCAAAUCUCAGGUCGACUCCAGUGGCAGCAAUGAGAAAACAGAUCAAGGUGAUGAUGAUAAAUCGUCAGCAGACCAAUGUGCCAAUCAGGAGGUGGUUACGAACAAAGAAGGUCCCAAAGCGUUGAAGAUGUGGGACGCCCUCCUCUUUCAGAUGUUCUCUACCAAAGACCGAAUCAUGCACCAGAUCAACACCAGCAAGAAAGAUUCAGAAGACAAAAAGGCCCCUAAAGAAAAUCAAGGAGAAGUUCCCUCUUUUGUCAAUCGCCUGCCAAUUUUGUUGUACAGCCCCCGUUUUGAUGCCAGGAAGCUUAAAGAGGCAGCCGAAAAGCCACUCACGAAAAUAGCAGCAGUGUUUGAAAAGGGGCUGAUAAAACGCAAAGGCCAGGAAGACGAACAAAAGGACUUCAACAGAAAAGCCAGAGGAUUCGGCUCGACGAAGAAAACAGAUAUGUAACUUGAACUGGUGGAAAAGUUUCUUUGGGGUUGAUAAAUGAUAAGCAAUGUGUGUAGUUUUGUGUUGUGUUAUUCAGCACAAAAUAGAGAGAUGCAAUCUCAGGUAGGUGAGGGAGCCUCUGAGAAAAGGAAUAAUACGAGAGAAUUUGGAAGUAAAUAGACAUCCACAUUUGUGGAUUUCUGCAGAAUAGCUGAAGUUAAUUUUAAAAGUCAAGGCUGCUGUGAAGAGGUAAAUUAUUCUUGAGGGGAAAAAAGAUUCAAAGUGUCAUUGAUUACUGCUUAAUCACCAUCUACCUGACCUAGUACUGGAGCUAGAACUUUGCCAUGGUUUUUAAAUUUGAGCUUAGAAUGCAAAGAAAGUUUUACUAAAAGAAAAUUCAUCCCAAUAUCAAGUAAGUACUAAUAUUGACAUAUAAUGACAUUUUGAUCAGUUGUGGUUAUUUAGGAUGUAUGAUACAGUAUAGUGUAUAAUUUAGCUUUUAAAGGUCUAAAAUAGUUUAACGGUAAAACAGGUGUGGCAUCUUUGCACUUUUAAUAAAUCAUAUUAGGAUGUGAGUUGACAAGAAAGAAAAAAUAUAGGGCAAAGAAAGAAAGGAGUCUUAUAUACUUUGCAACUCUACUUGAUUAGAUUUUUCUUUUUUCAUUUGUUGAUGGCCUAGAUGUAGUGUUGAAUGCAUGCAUGUAGAUAAUUUGAUAGAUAAAAGAUUGUUUCAUAUAUCAUGCUGUACUUUUUUCUAUUUUUCUAAAAGGCUUUUAGUGUACACCGCUGAUAGGCAGUGUUUAACCUCUGUGAUAAAUAGGGCUUUUACAUUCCUAGAACAAUGGAACAGAUGGAAUUUGAAAGAAGGAAAACAGAGAUGGAUGAAGGAUGAAGGUCUGGUCAAAACAGAUUUAGGUUUCUGCAAGUCAGGUAUGGAUGGAAAUAAAGUGCCGGAUGUCUGGACUUUCGAUCAGGGCAGGAAACUACAACCAUGCAGGUUGGUACGUCUUGGGGCUGCGCAAAAAAUAUAUUUUAAUAUAUUUAUAGAUGCUUAGGUGAUUUUUGUUUGUUUCUGGUGGCUCUUGGGAUGGCAAUGUUGGAUCUGUUGUUUGGUUAAUCACUUUGUUCUUCCCUGUAAUAUCUCAACAACUAUUAAAACAAUUGCCAAUAUAUUUUGUACAGACAUUAAUGAUCCCUAGAGGACUAAUCCUGCUGACUUUCCUGAUCUGUACUUUGUGUUUGAUGCUAAUUAGCAAAUUUUACCAUGCUAACACAAUAGACUAAGAUUGUGAACAUGUUAACUUUAUACCUGCAACAAGCAGGUAUAAAGUGCUAAAGUGCAAUGCUAACAACAGCAUGUUAGCAUUGUAACAGUGAGUUAGCAUAAUGAUGUUAGCAUUAAACUAAAAGCACUGUUGUUUCUUAGUACAGCCUCAAAAAGCCCAUUAGACUACGCAGUGAUGGAAAGUCAGACUGUAUUCUCAAGUGGUAGAAAACUGACAAAUUAUCUUUGCUUUUUGGUGUUAUUUCAGACCAUCAUGUCAUGCAUUGCCCAGUCCCACAUCCCAGAAUCAAAUUCCUGUUUUGUAAUUUCACAGGUUUUUUGUCAGAACUCACUGCUUUUAUAAUUUGAAUGAUGUUAAGGACUGAUGAUAAAGGAUGAUAAAAAUAUUUCCAGCCAGAAACGUAGCGACCAUGUUGGUGGAUACUAAUUUCCUGCUUUGUAGUGUAAUGUCCAGGACUUCAUUACUCAGUUAUUACAAUUUUACUGAGUUUUGGAUGUAACUAGUAUGUAGAAGUGAAGACCAAUGAAUGGAAAUGAAGUGAUAGCUGGAGACGGACAGAUAUCAGAUGAUGUUUGUGAUGUUUCACAGUUUUGGAGGAUUCUGCUGUUGUAGCAGAUAUUAGCAUGUUGUUGUUGUGUCCCUAUAUUGGAUUUAAAAGAUGACCACCAAGAUGUGGAAUUUAUUUUAGGUGAGGGGGGGCUUUACCCCUAUGAACUAACCACUGCCCCAUUUAGUACACUGAUGCUUAUACUAUAACAUAUUUUGUUUACUGUGUGAUUCUCAAAAAUGCAUAAAGUUUAAUGUGGAACUCUU